AUGGUUAAAGAGGUGGGAGCGGUUAAUGUUAUCCAAAUUAUCACGGAUAAUGUGUCUGCUUAUGUUAAAGUGGGGAAAUUAUUGGAAUCCAAAAGACCACACCUCUUUUGGACACCAUGCAAGACACAUUGUGUUGAUCAUAUUUUAGAGGACAUUGGCAAGCAAAUUCCUAAGGUGAAAAGUUCUUUGAAAAAUUGUAUGUUGUUGAAUGGGUUUAUAUAUACCCAUGUUGGUCUUGUGAACAUGAUGCGCAAGUUUACUAAUCAAAGAAACUUACGUAGACCUGCUAUUACUCGGUUUGCAACAUCAUUUAUCACUUUAUCACAAAUUCACAAGCAAAAAGGCAAUUUAAGAAAGAUGAUCUUGUCCAAAGAGUGGGCAGAAAGCAAGUGGGGCAAGGAUGAUAUUAGGAAAAAGAUGAAAUCAUAUUUUAUGCAAAACUCAUUUUGGAGAAAUAUUGUCUAUACUGUAAAGUUGACGAGACCACUUGUUAAAGUCCUUAGAAUGGUCGACGGGGAAACAAAGCCAACGAUGGGCUAUAUUUAUGAGGCGAUGGAUAGAGCCAAGGAGGCUAUUGCAAAAAGAUUUCAUAAUAAAAAAGAGGAGUACAAGAAAGCUUUUCAGAUUAUUGAUCAAAGGUGGCAAUGCCAACUUCAUCGGCCUUUGUAUGCGGCUGGACAUUACUUAAAUCCAGAAACCUUUUAUGAUAACCAAGAAAGCGCAUCUUGUGAAUAA